UUCAACAAGAUAAGAUGGGUGGAAGUGCAAUGAACAAUGAUCAGGAAUUUACUACAAACAAUGGAGAUCGGACACUACUUGUUGGUCGUACAGGUGAUGGAAAAAGUGGAAUGCUCGUCUGGUGUUACAACUACUUGUCCGCUUCAGCGGACUCAAUUAGACGACAGAAACAUACUGAAAGUUAUUGAUACCCCUGGUAUUUCGAUUCAACAAGAUAAGAUGCGUGGAAGUGCAAUGAACAGUGGUCGGAAAAUUACUACAGAUGAUGGAGACCGGACACUACUUCUUGUUGGGCGUACAGGUGAUGGAAAAAGUGCAACGGGCAAUAGUAUUCUUGGCAGAACUGCAUUCAGGUCAAUGCAUUGCUCUUCUGGUGUUACAACUACUUGUAGCUUCACUGGACUAAUUACUGAUAUGGCUGACGCUGUGGAAACUGUAGGACUGUUUAAUAUAUCCCGUGGGCCUGAUUAUGUUCUAAAUGAACUUGUUAAAUGCAUCGAUUUGGCCAACGAUGGUGUCCAUGCUAUACUUCUAGUUCUGUCCAUAAGAACUCGGUUUUCAAGAGAAGAACAAGCUACUUUUCAAAGCCUUCUGGACCUCUUUGGGAGCAAAAUUAGUGACUACAUGAUUGUGGUCUUCACUGGCGGAGAUGAGUUUGAUGAAAAUGAUGAGACUUUGGAUGACUACUUAGGCCAUUGCCCUGAAGCCUUACAGGGAACUCUCAGCAUGUGUGGAGAAAGACGAGUGCUUUUUGACAAUAAGACUAAGGAUCCAAAGAAGAUGGCUGAGCAAUUGAGAAAUCUUCUUUUGCAUGUGAAUUUGGUUGUAGAAAAGAAUGGUGGAAAACCAUACACAAGCGACUUGUUCAAGGAUUUAAAGGUUGAUUUUAAACUCCGGCUGGAUAUUAAGCAUCUUGAGGAAGAAGUGGCAAAGGAGCGUGCUGCUCGGCUUGAAGCAGAAGAAAGUAUAAAAGUAGCUCAAAAGAAACGGGAAGAUAUGAGUCGUCUGAUGCGAGCUAGCUUUGGGAGACAACGUCAAAGGGCGACUGAGGAACUUCAAGCAACAAAUCUGAGAUUACCUGGAAUGUGUCUUAUUUUAUGAUAUAGCUAUUGAUGCAUACGUAUUAGAAAGACCUCAGAUUAAGUUGAGGAUUUAUGGUUAUGUUUUACUGUUCUUCUUUUCUACCCCCUCUUCUCUAAUG